CUCAAAUCCGUCACAACCCACCCUUCCAACAACCCACCACUACAACCUAACAUCAGCCCAUCCGCCCGCUCAAACCACUCUUGCAGACCUAGCUCCAGCCACCGCAUGCCGUCAUCUCCUCCGCCACACCAUGGCAGACUCGGACGGCGAGUACAUCGAGGACCUCUCCGACGAUGAUCUCCCCACCGCCGCCCCCUCCGGCACCGUUGGCGGCAGCGGCCGACACGCAACGCGCUCGAGGGGCCCUGUGAAGGUGCCCGAGGCGGCGAGGGGAGGGGAGAAGGAGAAGCAGGGGAGGAGGAGGGCGGCGUGGGAGGAUAUACAGAGGAGUUGGGAUACGGUUGUUGAGGGGGCGGAUGGGAGUUUGAGCUCUACUGUUGAGGGGCUUUUGGAGGCUGGGAAGAGGCAGAGACUGCUCCGCGACACAACCCCCCUCCAACGCGGCAUAAUCCGCCACUUAAUCCUCAUCCUCGACCUCUCCUUCGCCAUGACCGAGAAAGACCUCCGCCCAACGCGCUACCUCCUCACCCUCCGCCACGCAACCUCAUUCAUCAGCGAAUUCUUCGAGCAGAACCCCAUCUCCCAGCUCGGGAUCCUAGGUAUGCGCGAUGGGCUCGCCAAGCCGAUCUCUCCGUUAUCCGGGACGCCGACGGUACAUCUUGGUGCGUUGGGGAAACUGAGGACGCAGGAUCCGCAGGGCAGUCCGUCACUUCAGAACGCCUUGGAAAUGGCGCGGGCGUCCCUCUUCCACGCCCCGAGCCAUGGGACGAGAGAAGUCCUCAUCAUCUCCGGCGCCCUCCUCUCCUCCGACCCGGGCGACAUCCACACCACCAUCUCCUCCCUCACAAGCGACCGCAUCCGCGUCUCGGCCAUAGGGUUAGCAGCCCAAGUCGCCAUCCUCUCCGAGAUCUGCACCAAGACCAAGGGCGACUACAGCGUCGCGCUUCACGAGGAGCAUUUCCGGGCCCUCUUGAUGGGCGCGACGACCCCGCCGCCGACGAGGGCGAAGGAGCAGAAUCAGAGUAGUCUACUCAUGAUGGGAUUCCCGUCGCGCACGGUGGCGACGGCGGUGACGUUGUGUGCGUGCCAUAGUAAGCUUACGAGGGGGGGGUAUCUGUGCUCGCGGUGCGGGAGUAAGGUGUGUUCGCUGCCGGCGGAGUGUCCGGCGUGUGGGCUGACGCUGAUCCUGAGUACGCAUCUCGCGCGCUCAUACCACCACCUCUUCCCCCUGCGCAACUGGCGCGAGGUAUCCUGGAGCGAGGCGGCGGGGAGUGGGGUGGGGAGUUGUUUUGCUUGUGGGGUUGGGUUUAAUAAGCCGCCGCCGAGGCAGGUGGUGGAGGGGAAGAAGGAGGGGGGGAGGAGGGAGGCGAUGAUGAAGGCGGUCAGUGAGUCGGGGAGGUAUGCGUGUGAGGUCUGCGGAGAGCAUUUUUGCAUUGACUGUGAUGUUUUUGCGCAUGAGGUCGUGCAUAAUUGUCCGGGGUGUCAGAGUGAUAGUAGGGCGGGGAAGGCGAAGGGUGAAGGGGGGAAGGGGGGGAGGGGGGAAAGGGGCAGGUGA